UACUCCUGCAGCAUCUCCCUUUGUUCAGCCUCCAGUUGAAAUGCAGACAGUUCCCCACUCCAUGUUCCUGUCUGCCCCGCCCCCUUCUGGAAAGGGCGGGGCCAGGCCAGGGGCGGGUCCUCACCAGCCGCGCCUCCCGUCGUCUUGACGACCGCGACAAGAUGGCGACCCUGCCGGGCGGGAUUCAAGGGCUGUACCCCGAGGCGCUGAGCCCCGAGCAGCUGGAGAAGCUGCGCGGCUUCAAGAUUCAGACUCGGAUUACUAAUGAAAAGUACCUAAGGACCCACAAAGAAGUGGAGUUGCUCAUAAGUGGUUUCUUCAGAGAAAUGCUUUUGAAAAGACCAGACAACAUUCAAGAAUUUGCUGCAGACUAUUUCACGGAUCCAAGACUUCCCAACAAGAUUCACAUGCAGCUAAUUAAGGAGAAGAAAGCGGCUUAAUUAGCAAAAUCAUGAUGCUCAGCUGUUGAGAGAGAACAGAAAGCAUCCAGCCUCGGGGGUCAUCUGGAAGCGAGAGAGCCCUGUUGCCAUCAGUGUGGGUUUCCGGGCUGUGUCUGCUGUUGCAAAGGCUUUUAAAGAUGCUC